ACUGACGCUCCGUGGUGCAUUGUCUCCGGCAGAGUAGGCAACAUUCUCAUACUUUGAGGAAAUCAGCGGGUUUGACUCCAGUUAUUUUCCCGUUGUGUUGCUUUGAGUCGAUUCGGUGUAAACAUGUCUGGCUUUGACGACCCCGGAGUUUACUACAGUGACAGCUUCGGCGGAUUAGACGGACCCGGCGGGGAAGAAGGAGGCCAGAAGAAGAUCCACAUCAAGAAGCGGUUCCGAGAGUUUCUCCGCCAGUUCCGAGAGGGGACAGACCGCACCGGAUUCACAUAUAAAUACAGAGAUGAGCUGAAGCGACACUACACCCUGGGGGAGUACUGGGUGGAGGUGGAGAUGGAGGACCUGGCCAGCUUUGACGAGGAGCUGUCGGACUGUCUUUACAAGCUUCCUACUGAGAACCUGGCUCUGCUGGAGGAAGCGGCGAAGGAGGUGGCCGACGAGGUGACCCGCCCGCGGCCCGUCGGCGAGGAGACGGUGCAGGACGUCCAGGUCAUGCUGCGGAGCGACGCUCAUCACUCCUCCAUCCGCAGCCUCAAGUCUGAGCAGGUCUCCCGCCUGGUGAAGGUUCACGGCAUCGUCAUCUCGGCCACCGCCGUCAAGGCCAAGGCCACCAAGGUGUGUCUGCAGUGUCGAGGCUGCCGCAGCGUCAUCAGCAACAUCCCGCUGCCUCCGGGCCUGCAGGGCUACGCUCUGCCUCGCAAGUGCAACACGGACCCUGCCGGCAGGGUGAAGUGUCCCGUGGACCCUUACUUCAUCAUCCCGGACCGCUGCGUGUGUGUGGACUCCCAGACGCUCCGCCUGCAGGAGUCCCCGGACGCCGUGCCGCACGGCGAGAUGCCGCGCCACCUUCAGCUCUACUGCGACAGGUAUCUGUGUGACCGCGUGGUCCCGGGCAACAGGGUGACCAUCAUGGGGAUCUACUCCAUCAAAAACAUGGCUGCCACGAAGACCAAGGGCAAAGAGAAAGGUGUGGGCGUGGGCAUUCGUGCGUCGUACCUGCGAGUGGUCGGCAUCCAGAUGGACACAGAAGGAGCAGGGCGAGGAGCGACCGGCUCGGUGUCUCCGCAGGAGGAGGAGGAGCUCAGAGCUCUGGCUGCCUCUCCCAAUGUGUACAACGCUCUGGCUCGCUCUGUGGCGCCGUCCAUCUACGGCAGCGACGAUCUGAAGAAGGCCAUCACCUGCCUGCUGUUCGGAGGCUCCAGGAAGAGGCUUCCUGACGGUCUCACUCGCAGAGGCGACAUCAACCUGCUGAUGCUGGGAGAUCCCGGUACAGCCAAGUCCCAGCUGCUCAAGUUCGUGGAGCGAUGCUCGCCUAUCGGGGUCUAUACCUCGGGGAAAGGCAGCAGUGCCGCCGGCCUGACGGCCUCCGUGCUGAGGGACCCCGCCACCCGGGGGUUCAUCAUGGAGGGCGGGGCCAUGGUGCUGGCCGACGGCGGAGUUGUGUGUAUUGAUGAGUUUGAUAAGAUGAGAGAAGAUGACAGGGUGGCGAUCCACGAGGCCAUGGAGCAGCAGACCAUCUCCAUCGCCAAGGCUGGGAUCACCACCACCCUGAACUCCCGCUGCUCCGUCCUGGCGGCGGCCAACUCGGUGUUCGGCCGCUGGGACGACACCAAGGGCGAGGACAACAUCGACUUCAUGCCCACCAUCCUGUCCCGCUUCGACAUGAUCUUCAUCAUCAAAGACCAGCACGACCAGCAGAGGGACAUGACGCUGGCUCGUCACGUGAUGAACGUCCACCUGAGCGCCCAGACGCAGACCGAAGGCGUGGAGGGCGAGAUUCCCCUGGCCACGUUUAAGAAGUACAUCGCCUAUUCCCGAGCGAAAUGCGGCCCCCGCCUCUCAGCUGCAGCUGCCGAGAAGCUGAAGAACCGAUACGUGGUGAUGAGGAGCGGCGCCCGGGAGCACGAGCGGGAGACCGACAAGCGGCCGUCCAUCCCCAUCACUGUCAGGCAGCUGGAGGCCGUCGUCCGCAUCGCCGAGUCUCUGGCCAAGAUGAAGCUGCAGGCCGUGGCCGGGGAGGAGGAGGUGGACGAGGCCCUCCGGCUCUUCCAGGUCUCCACGCUGGACGCUGCGCUCUCUGGCGGCCUCUCAGGAGCCGAGGGCUUCACCUCCCAGGAGGACCAGGAGAUGAUCUCCCGCAUCGAGAAGCAGCUGAAGAGGCGCUUCGCCAUCGGCUCGCAGGUGUCGGAGCACAGCAUCGUCCAGGACUUCACCAAACAGAAAUAUCCGGAGCACGCCAUCCACAGAGUGCUCCACCUGAUGCUGCGGCGAGGCGAGCUGCAGCACCGCAUGCAGAGGAAGGUGCUCUACAGGGUCAAGUAAAGGAAACCAGAGUCUCUCUGCUCUUCUUGUAAAUAGUUUUGGUUUAUCAUAGCGGUGGAUGUUAGAGAUAAACUCUCUUCAUGGCUGAUUGUAAUAAAAUGUAAAGGAGAUGAAGGGUCACUGGUGAGGAGGGGAUGAGGAUCUCUGUCUGAAGGUGUUUUUGACUGUUAAGCUGUGCUGAAGCAAUAAAGUAUAUAAAA